UCCUUCCCUCCCCGCCGGGCUCGCUGGGUGCGAUGUUUUGGCGGAGCGCGGGCCGGGCCCUCCGGGCUCUGGCGCUGCUGCAGUUGCAGCCGCCCGCCCGGACAGCGCCGCUCCCGCCCCGCGGACCGGCCGCCUGCUACGGUACUUCAGUAACAUCUGCCAAAAUCCAAGUGAAUGGAGUCUACCUGCAUUAUCAGCAAACAGGAGAAGGAAGCCAUGCAGUUCUUCUGCUUCCAGGAAUGCUAGGUAGUGGUCAAACUGAUUUUGGACCUCAGCUUAAGUCUAUGAAUAAGCAACUUUUCACAAUUGUUGCUUGGGAUCCUCGGGGUUAUGGAAAGUCCAUUCCUCCAUCUCGAGACUUUCCUCCAGAUUUCUUUGAGAGGGAUGCAAAAGAUGCUGUGGAUCUUAUGCAGGCACUGAAGUUUGAGAAGUUCUCCUUGCUGGGGUGGAGUGAUGGUGGAAUUACAGCACUCAUUGCUGCUGCAAAGUACCCAAAUCUAAUCCACAAGUUGGUUGUCUGGGGAGCAAAUGCCAGCGUUACUCAAGAGGAUGUGAGAAUUUACAGUGGCAUCCGAGAUGUUUCCAAAUGGAGUGAAAAGGUCAGGAAACCACUGGAAGAGCUGUAUGGACAUAAGUACUUUGCAGAAACCUGUGAGGCUUGGGUAGAUGGAAUAUCGCGCUUUGCUGAAAAUUCAGAUGGUAAUAUCUGCCAACAGUUGCUGCCAGAUAUUAAAUGUCCCACAUUUAUAAUUCAUGGUGAAAAAGACCCUUUGGUCCCACAAGCUCAUGCAGAAUACAUUCAUAAGCACAUCAAAGGCUCUCGGUUACUUCUGAUGCCAGAAGGAAAGCAUAAUUUACACCUGCGUUUUGCAAAGGAUUUCAACAGAGAAGUGGAAAAUUUUCUAUGUUGACAUGAACUGUAAAACAAGUCAGAGGUGCUUAGCCUUGGCCUUGUUUAGGAAUUUUGGUUGGCUUUCCAUUUUCAAUGGAGUUAUAGGUAGGUUUGAGUCAUGUAAGAAAAAUAUUAAACAUAUUUGCAUGAGAAGCAUAUGUCUUAAGAACAUGCAAGCCUCAGUGAUCAGAGCAUACCACUGUAUUGCUAGAUUUCUGACAUGCCUUUAAACUUACAUGUUGCCACCCAGGCGGAACAGCUGGUCUUUGUCCAAUAGAGGUUUUAAGAAAGACAGAAACCAUUAUCUUGAAUACAUGCCUUUAUGUGCUCUUAAUAUUAAAGGACAAAAAACAU